AUGAAAAUACCCAUUAAUCGAUAUAUUAUAAACUGGAUGAUUGACUUUUUGAACAACCGCAGACAGAGAGUGAGAGUUGGUGGUGUCACUACUGAAUUUCUAGACAUUAAUCGUGGCGUACCCCAGGGUACUGUACUUGGACCUGUAAUGUUUACUAUAGUGGUUAAUGAUAUCAAGGCGGUGAAUCUCUCCAAUGAUUUAUCUAAAUUUGCUGAUGAUAUUGCAAUAAUAGCACCAGUUUAUGAUUACGAAGAUUCAGCUGGGGAUGAAGUAGAAAACAUGAAACUAUGGUCAAACGAGAAUAGAAUGUCUUUAAACAUGGAGAAAACCUAUGAAAUGAUAAUUCGUAGAAAAGUGUCUACUCCCCUUCCGGAUCACAUUCCAUCGAUAAAACGGAAAGAAUGGCUCAAAUUAUUGGGUGCCACGAUGGAAGAAAUACCUGGAAAAUGGGAUAGACAUUUUGAAGAGAUGAUGAAAAAACCUAGUAGAAGAAUGUAUAUUCUAAGAGUUUGUAAACAUUACGGAUUCUCUACGCAUGAAUUGGAUCUUCUCUUCAAUAGUCUUAUAGCCUCUCUUCUCACCUUUACAGCCGAAGUUUGGGGUGGAGCAUCGUAA